AUGGAGGACGUUAAAUCGUAUGAACUGAAAAAGCCCUAUAGCUUCACCAAAGCGGAAGUCCGACGGAGAGUAAUUGAAUGUGCACUCAGAGUUGGUGAUCUGAAAGAAGCUACAAAACAUUUGGAUAUGAAGAUCAAAACAUGUCGUGCUAUUGGAGCCACGAAUGGGGAAUUUACGCUCAAACCUGGAUCUUACGAGGUAAAACUCAAUGACGAGUUCACAAAAUAUUUUUGUGGUGGUGUCGAUGAUAACCCUACAGCCACAUUGAGGCAGCUAAAGGAAAGAAUAAAGAAGGACUUCGCGGGCACAUCUAUUAGCAAUACUUCAAUUGUUCGGCUGCUGGAUGGACAUCACUAUUUGGUUAAGAAGCUGACUGUCCAGCCCGCGGAGCGGAACUCGGAAACUGUCAUGGUAAAACUAGCGGAAUAUACUGAGGCUGUAUGUUGA